GCUUCGUUGAAUCAAAUCUUUCACAGUGUUCAAGCGCGACGGUCGUGGGUACGUGCUCUCGCCGCUGUGUUUUUUUCUCCCCGUGCAGAAGGGAAAGUGGAAUACUCUGUGGCCUACGGGCGCCAUAUUGAAAUUGCAGUGGAAAGCUGAAUUUGGUAGACUGUCGCGUUUAAUGAGUGUUUCAGUAUCCGCUCUCGGCAUUCUAGCAUAAUUAGAGUACAUUGUAGGAGGCGAUGCUAAUUGUGUGCUUCGGUUUGGUGAGCGAUAAACGUCAAACAUUUUGUUGAGGAUUUUUCUAAUAGUGAGUGGUGGUGAUUGAAGAAAGGUAAAAAGUCCUCUUGUGACAGGUGAAGUGAAUUAUCGCGGUUAUAAGUUUGAUAGACAUUCGAAAUCAUGUCAGACGAGUUUUACGAUGAGGACGGUUACCGUUUGCACUUCGAAGAUGACACAUCGGAGCAGGAGAAGCAAUUCUUCAUGCGCGCCUUCCCAAACGUGAACAAAAUCUCGGAACGGAAAGUGCACUGCACAUCAUGCUACAUGCACAUCGGGACGGCUCCGAUCUCGGAGGCCGUUAUACGGAUGCAUCCGGUGCUUCGGGUGACGCACUGCCGUAACUGCCAUACCUUCUACAACAGUGGUGAGUUCGACAAGGGCGAAGAUGGCAGCGAGCUGUACUGUCGGUGGUGUGGCCAGGGAGGCGAGGUGUACUGUUGCUCGAAGUGUCCGUAUGUGUUCUGCAAGAAGUGCAUCGUGCAGAACUUGUCCCGUGCCUGCGUGCAGGACAUUUCCCGCAAUGACAACUGGCAGUGUUUUAGCUGUGCACCGAAGAUCAUGUGGCACUUGCGUGCGCAGCAUUGGGCGUUGGCCAACUACAUCGAGAAGCAGAAGAAGGAUAUGAAAGACAAGAACCUCUCGGUACAGACAAUCAACAGUCUGAUGAAGCAAGACAACACAACAUGUUGCAAUAACAAGGGUCUAAACAAAAAAAGUGCCACACCCGUGUCUGGGAAGAAGUCCGCUAAGCGUACAUCCGAAGCGCUCGAUGUAUUGUCGCCACUAUUGACGCCCAAAACGGAAAAGCGCAUUGCUCCACGGAACAUCGUUCAACAGACGGCACCACAAACACAGCAGCAACAGCAGCCGUCGAUUCAACCCCCGGCGAAAAAGACGAAAACGGACAACAACGAAGUGGUUUGUACUCCGGACAUCAUGAGCAUGUUUAUGAAUCCAGAGGAGCCACCUCCAUUGGUGGCUGCAAGAACAGUAGUACCACCAAAAGCUGUCGCUCCCGCCACAUCAGCACCGACGCCUGUGCUUACGUCGAUUCCAAAUCGUCAAGUCGUUGUACGUCCAGCUAUUCCGAACGCCCCAAACACUGUUCCAUUGCGAAUGCCUAUGUCAAACGCAACAGGUGCUUCUGUACCACCUCCUGUAUAUCAUACUAUUAAUGGAUAUAGGAUAGACUUGCAUACGGCAGCCCAGCAAGGAACAUACAGACUGCCAAACGGAAAGCUGAUUCAGGUCAGGAAACAAGCUCCGAGUGCUCCUGCGGCACCACCACCACAGCCACCAGUUGUCAUACCACCGACGAUUGCCAACAGGGCCAAUAUAACCAUAGCGCCGAAACCGCCCGUAAAUUAUUAUAACCCCGCAGCGAUGAUGCAGAAUCCUGCAGCUCGCAUGGCGCAUGCGAAUGGUUUACAUCUCAAUAUGGCUAUCCAGCAGCAACAGCAAAUGCAGGAACAACGUCUUCAACAACAACGUCAACAGCAGCAGCAGCAGCAGCAGCAACAUCAACAGCAGCAGCAACAACAGCAGCAACAACAUCAUCAUCAACAGCAAAUGGCUUUGCAGCAACGACAGCAACAACUCUUGCUUCAAGCUGGCCAGCCUCAGCCGACAAUUGUUGCUGGUCAACCCAAUCCGGUUCUGCAGCUACCCACUUUGGCAUUGUUGCAGAACAUGGUUAACGGACCGCACGAGGAUUCUCCGCUUGGACGGUCUCGAAAAAAUUUCGAGGGAAAGCUGCUAUCUGGAGUGGAAAUCUGUCAGCACAUUGUCAACAAAAUCAAUACUCUCACCAAUUCGAAUUCAUUCAAAAACAUUCGAAACGUUCGAGAUUUGAAGGAGCUCUACAUUCAUGUGUCCUAUCUGCUAACGUAUGCCAUCGGACGAUUUAAAACUUUGCAGGAAAAAUGUGUAGAUGAUGUUAAGAAUAUGGGUUUCACCAAGGAGUCUGACUUUGUUAUGAUGGGUGAACAGAUCAGCAAUCGUAACCCGGAUGAGGAUAAGAGUGAUGAUGAGGAUGACUGUGAAAUCAUCGAGCAGAAUACCACGCUGAUUGAGAUCGAUUCCGAGGAUGAGGACGACAGUGGUAGCAAGAAGAAGAAAGAAAGCACGAAGGGCAAUAAUAGUAGCAAUGCCCCAUCGACCGUGACAGAGACGGAAGCUGCCGUGGCCACUAUUUUGGAAGAAGAUGAUAAUGCUGAAACCUGCGAUGUACACGUCGCUGUCGAGAACAUUCUCGAUGUUGACAUUGACGAAAGCGAUGGAGGAGCAAGGGUGGAGAAGGAACCGGAGCCUGUGUCCGCUGAUAGCACUACGGGAGAAAAAAAUGCGGAGAAGGCCGAUUCUGGAGAUAAUUCGAAGGAGGCGACUCCUGCUGAAAACGGCGCCGCCGAUGAUAAAACAGAUAAAUCUGACGAUGAUUUGGUUGAAAUCAUAGAACCACUCGAAGGGGAGGAACAAGAUAAGCAGAUGGAUGAAAAUGCGGAUACCGAAGAGAAAUCGGUGGAGCAGGAAAAGCCCGAAGAAGGCGACAAAAUGUCGGUUCAUGAAGGCAAUGGGGAAGAAACCGAAGCAAAGAAAAUAGAAGAAGUGGAAAAUGUGAAUGGAAUGGAGGAAACAGACACUCCGUCCAAGGAUGGUGAGCAACCGGACGAAGUUGAGGUCAUUGACGAUGGAUCCCCAGAGAGUGUGAUGGUUGUGAUCAGUAGCGUAGAGUCGUUGCAUCCCGGUGAGAAAGAAAAGACACAAAAAUUAUCCGGCGAUGAAAAAACAGAACUAGAAGAAAUCCAAGAGGAACCAAUCGCAGAAAAUGAAAAAGCAGUUGCGGAGGAUGGAAACAUUGAAAAAAGUGAAGCAAACAGUAGUGAAUUAGUUUCUGCCGAAGAAACCGAAACCGUCGCACUCGAAGAGAAGGAAACUACAGAAGAGGCCGAAGCAGAAGCUGUCGAGGCGGAGGAGGAAAUUUUGGGUGACAUGGAGGCUGCUGAACCGAGUCCCAAGAAUGAUGCCGAAUCUACAGAGGAGAUCGAUACUACGCCGACAGGAGUGGAAGAUCGAUCUGUCGAUCCGCUCGACUUGGAAAAUGGAGUAGCUGAAGAAUCGAAUAGUGAAGAAGAUUCCUGCAUUCCGUCAGACGCCGAGCAGCAAAAUGUUGGUGGAGAAUGUUCAACAGAGACUGUUCCCCUAAUAACCAGUGUUAUGUCAGGUGUUAAUAUUCCGAAAGAUACUGAAAAUGAGGAAGAUACAGAAAAACGAGAAGAAAUAAUGACCAAGAUCGAUAACUCGUUCAAAAUGCUGGAAGAAAUGUUUGAUGGCACAGUAGAAGAGAAUUCGUCAUCAGCAGCAGUUGAAAAUGAUACAAUUACACCAUCUGAUGUGGACGAAGAGAUGAAAGAAGCUACACAGGAAAAUGAACCAUUACCGGAGCCAAUGGAUGUCGAUGCAACAAAUGGUUUAGACGAAAUCAUUUUGGAAAAAUCUCAACCAGCUUCGGAACCGGACGUUACGGAACCCAGUUCGGAAACGGCUCAAACAGAAAAGAAUUUAACAGAGGCAACCAUCUCCGAAGAGAACAAUCAUGAUGGUAAGGAACAGAAGCUCACAGCAUCAGCUGAUGAUGGUGAUUGUACGGAUAAAAAUGGCGUUAAUGGCGACUGCUAGAGUGAUAAGUUGUACAAAUAGUGUUAAAAGAGCCAAUAAGUUAUAUGACACAUGUUUAUAAUUUUUUGUACGAAUUAUAAGACAACCUCGCUUCUCUGAGGUGCGUGGUUAAGUAGUGUAGCACUACUUUUAAAAACAUAGGAAUUAUACAUACAAUUACAAUUACUAUAUAGAAAGCAUUAUGGAAAACAAUUGGAUUCAAUGCUGCUUAUUAAAAUAGGAUGUCAAACAAAUAAUCAUCUGGUAUUGAUUACCUACAAUUUCACAUAUGACUCACCCCGUAGAUGUUGUCCUCUGAGAAUUCCGAGCAAUUUGCUUUUCCAAUAUUUCAUAAAAUUUACACAUAACUGUGUAAGCAUUAUGCUUGCACUUCGUGUUCGUGUUAAAUAAACGUAAGAAGUACAUGGAAUAAAUAAUCUAUUAUGACUUGAAUAACACUG